AUGGCCUCGACCUCCGCUUCUCGAACUCAUGGCGCCACGGGCCGGAUCCGAACCGCCACAGCCACUCUCUACGAGGACAACCAGUCUCUUAUCUCUGAUAUUCGUAGAGCUGUGGGUGCAAUGAAGGAAAUUGCAGUUGAUUUGGAGAGAGAUAAUCAGUUUGAGAGGGUGAAGGAGCUUGAAAAUGCUGUUAUUGAAUUGUUGGGCACUCAUGAAGACUGUUCGCAUUUUUCAUCCACAAUUCAAUCUGUUGGAGAGAAAUACCAACCUGGGCCAGAGCUUACUGAUUUUGAUCAGUUGUUCAAGAAUGAGGUUGCAAUGCUCAAGGCUAAUUCAUCUUCAGAUCCACAAAACCAUCCUUUGAUGCGCCAAUUCCGGGAAGCUGUCUGGAAUGUUCAUCAUGCAGGAGAGCCUAUGCCAGGUGAGGAGCAGGAGGACAUUGUAAUGACCAGCAACCAAUGCAAUAUUCUGAAUGUCACCUGCCCAUUAAGUGGAAAGCCUAUCACUGAACUGCAGCAUCCAGUUCGCAGUGUCGUAUGCAAGCAUGUUUAUGACAAAGGGUCAAUCAUGCAUUACUUACGGUCAAAGAACACACGAUGCCCUGUUGCAGCUUGCCCUAAGGUAUUGCAGGCAGAUAAAGUGGUGUGUGAUCCGUUGUUACUCGUCGAAAUUGAUGAAUUGCGUGCAAUGAAGGAACACACUGUCAUGACUGAUGUCAUAGAGGAUUUCACUGAGCUUGAUGAAGAGUGA